AUGAGCUACCCCGGAUACCCUCCACAACAGGGAGGCUACCCGCCUCAACAAGGGGCAUAUCCGCCCCAGGCAGGCGGCUACCCUCCACAGGCUGGCGGAUACCCCGGACAGGCAGGCGGAUACCCCGGACAGGCAGGCGGCUACCCUCCACAGGCUGGCGGCUACCCCGGGCAGGCUGGCGGCUACCCCGGGCAGGCAGGCGGAUACCCCGGGCAGGCAGGCGGAUACCCCGGACAGGCUGGCGGUUACCCACCCGCAGCGGGCGGUUACCCUCCGGCAGCAGGAGGCUACCCCUCCCAGCCCGGAGGAUACCCUGCCCCAGCUGGAGGCUUCCCUCCUCAGGCAGGAGCAGGAGGCUACCCGUCCAUGCCCCCCGGAGGUGGAGGCUGGGGUGCAGCACCAGGCGGCUACGGAGCGCCAGGAGGGGCUCAGCAGGGAUACCCAGCGGGCCCCGCCCCAGGCCAGCCCAUGCCAAAUUACCCCGCAGCCCCGGCAAAUACCCCCUCAAUGCCUGCAUAUGGAGGUGGAGUUCCAUCCAACCCUCAAACACCGGCCAUUUCUAAAGGGUACAGGGGUUCCAUAAAAGACUUUCCAGGGGCGGAUCCGCUGAGGGAUGUCGAAGUUCUUCGCAAAGCCAUGAAGGGUUUUGGCACUGAUGAAAAUGCCAUCGUGGAACUUUUAGGCAGCCGUACCAACAAGCAGAGGGUCCCAAUGGUGUCGGCCUAUAAAACAACCUAUGGAAAGGAUCUAGCCAAGGAUCUAAAGUCUGAGCUCACUGGAAACUUUGAGAAUCUUGUUCUCGCUAUGAUUAAGAGCCCUUCCCACUUCGAUGCAUCUGAACUCAGAGAGGCUAUCAAGGGCGCAGGAACUGAUGAAGCUUGUCUGAUUGAGAUUCUUUCGUCACGCUCCAAUGCAGAGAUUUGUGAAAUUACCAGAAUCUACAAAGCUGAGUACGGGAAGACCCUUGAGGACGCCAUCACCAGCGACACCUCUGGUCACUUCCGCAGACUCCUCGUCUCUCUGUGUCAGGGAAAUCGUGACGAAAGGGAGACUGUCGACGUCGCCAUGGCCAAACAGGACGCUCAGAAACUGUAUGCUGCCGGGGAAAAUAAAGUUGGAACCGACGAGUCUCAGUUUAAUGCCAUCCUGUGUGCUCGCAGCAAGCCUCACCUUCGCGCCGUCUUCCAGGAGUACCAGCAGAUGUGUGGCAGAGACAUUGAGAAGAGCGUGUGCAGGGAAAUGUCUGGCAAUUUGGAGUCUGGCAUGGUGGCUGUGGUGAAAUGCAUCAGGAACACUCCUGCCUACUUUGCAGAAAGACUCCACAAUGCCAUGCAGGGAGCGGGGACCAAGGACACAACUCUCAUCCGCAUCAUGGUGACCCGCUCUGAGGUGGAUAUGUUGGACAUCAGACAGGCCUAUGUGAAGGCUUACGGAAAGUCCCUGUACACUCACAUCUCAGGUGAUACCUCUGGGGAUUACAAGAAGCUGCUUCUGAAGCUGUGUGGCGGCAACGACUAAAAUAAAGGAAGACAAACCCUGCAUGAGGACGCUCUACGCGUCCGCACUGAAACCAUGUGAUGAGGCCAUAUAUCACCUCAGAUUAAGUUACUCAAAUUCAUUAUUUCUUUUGUAAUCUCUUUAGUGUGAUUGUUUCUUUCUUUCUUUUGCUGCUGUAUUGUAGUAAGUGAUUGCCAAAUAGUACAUAUAUAUAUAUAUUCAUAUAAAGAUAUUUUUUAAGAUGCCAUAGAUGUCUUUAAAAUAUCAACUUUGAUUAAGAUGUUGACUAUACUAACUAUACAUGGAAGAGAGUUUAAAAUGUCCAACUAACUGCUAAAGUGUAAUUAUCCUUAUUUCGAAGAAUAGUUUCAGAAAAAUUCAAUAUGCAAAAAGGCGUUUAUCUAAUAUCCAAAGUACAUAUACUCGGAUAUAUUCAAAAAAAAAUUGCGGGUGUUAUUUUUGUGUUACUAGGGUCAAGUUUACCUCACCGCCAAGCAUGUCAACUGUGCUCAGGUUACUAAACAGAGUUACGUGACACUGUUAUGCAAGUUUGAACAAAGUAUAUGACUUCAUCUCAAACAGGAGGGAUGUUAAAACUGUAAUUCCAGGCCAUUUUUGAUCAUGAGAAAUAACCAUAAUCUGCAUCACUUUUAUGUGUCAAUGUUAUCUAACCAGAAUCUUGCUCCUGCUUGACUGUCUAUGCAAUUUAGCUUUUUGCCUUAAUCAGCUUCACACAAUUCUUCGGUGUUGCUCUUGAAAUGUAGACCUUUCCAAUCAUCGUUUGCUAUUUACAGACAGCCAAAGCCUAAAGAUAAUGUUGUGCCUUUUUGUCAGGGCUGCCAUGUACAAUGUUUAGAGCUCAUGGAUGUUUCACUGUGGUUUAUCUAGCAAACAAUCUAUAAUCACAAUUGCCAAAAUGUAAUGUAUGCAUUGUUAAUUUGUCAAAUUUUGGUUGUUUUCCUCCCUUGGUGUCUUCUACUGGUUUGUAUGUUUUGCUGCCAGUAGAGGGCUCUUUUAUAUUGUCUGCUGCUUGAAAAUGGAGCUUUGAACUGAAUAUCUAUUGCGCUACGUCUACUUUGCAACCAUCCUCUGACGUGACAAUGGUUAUAUUUCAACGGAUGCCUUGUUAGUUUUUUCUAACAUUUUGCCACGUGACCGUCCCAGUCUCACAAACAUCCAUUUCUCAUUUCAUUAAAAACAAAACAACAUUUUGGCACA